AAGUUCUCAAACGCAGCUGAUUUCAGUGAUCAUCUCAAAUUCCUUCGAAGAAGAUGUUUUCUCUCCAAUUUCUGGGGCUCUUACUCAUCCUCUCUGGAUGCCUUCAGGCUGAGGCACUUGAGUGCUAUUCCUGCAUCAAUUCUUCACCUCAGGAUUGUUCUCAGCCCAAUAUUCAUGCCCUCAGGGUGACAUCUUGUCCAUCCGGCUUCACACGCUGCACGAAAUUCAUUGGGAAUGAUACUGACGGGAUUUUUGUGGAAAGAAGUUGCGGUCCACCAGAAGUCUGUGACACAGUUAAGCUCUUCCUCGACAACAUCUUGGAGUGUCAUACUUGUGAAAGUGAUCUCUGCAACUCAAGCUCCAUUCCUGCAGUUUCGAUGCUAGUUCUUAUUCCAAUUUUCACCUCAUUUCUCCUACGAAGCUUUAUCAAGUAAAUCCAUGUGCAUCGAUUGGGGCACUAUCGCGGUGUUUGUUUGCCUAAAAAACACACCAAACUUUACUCAAAUCCAAUGACGAUUCUCUGAGUUGAACUCACAAGAAAUUGAUAAGAUAAGAAAUUCAAUAAAGAUUAAGUCAAAAUGUAAUUUCAAUUGGAAUUUAAAUGAAUAAUGAGAAUAUGGAUUUAUUUUCUUGAAAAGUUUCCUUAAAAUAAUUUUAUUAAUUUAAAAGAAAAAAAAUCUUUAUUGUUGUAAAAUUUAUUUAUGAAGAGAAUAAAAGUUUCUAAAAAAAACA